UGGACCAACUACGUCUGUUUAAUUUGUCAACGAUGAUGACCUCGAGAAGGAGUCCGCUGUAGAUUCUCUGCCGUCCAGAUACUUAUAUAGGAGCGAAAAUGGCGGAAAUAAGGACUAAGGAUAUAGAGGAACUCCUCACGUUUUUCGGGAAGAGCACAUACAGAGCAAGAGAAAGUAGUGCCACGACGGAGCAGAUAAUAAAGAAGUGCCUGGAAUUAUGGAAGCUAGAUUACAAAUGCAUGGUCGUGCCCAAUGUUGGAGGAGAGCUCUGCAACAGCUACCCAAACCGUCUCUUCAUACCAGAGUGUGAGUUAGGUCCAGAAGGGUUAGAGCCACCAGAACUUCUGUGUCCUCUCACUCUAACAACGCCCUCGCCACUCAAUCUGGCCUCGCCUUCCAUGGUUCCUGGAGGCAGUGCGCCCUCAUUUUCAUCCGUUGUGUCAGGAGCCACUUCCGCAUCAGUCUCGGUGAAUGGUCAUCCUGGGAGCUCACCCUCGCUAAGGAAGGGGUCAUUGCCUGAGGGCAGCAAGAGUGUGGGAGAAGGGACAACAGAAAACCAGAGUGAUGGGUCAAGACUGCGGGAGUACAUUCUAAAAGCAAAAUUUGCCCGUUGUCGUGCGAGAUUUCCAAUCCCUGUAAUACUUUACAAAGGCAAUUACAUAUGCAGAUCUGCAACAUUGUCAGGGGGCCCGGAGAUGUAUGGGCGCUCAGGGAUAGAAUACUUAUUUGCCGCCUCCUCAAGCAAGGCUGAUGAGGAUGAAGAUGAUGAAGAGGUGACCCAAACAAAUAGCGACUGGCAGUUGUUUGAUCGAGUGAGAUCACAAGACAUUCGGCUGCUAAAAGCCUGCAAUGUGGGUGUCAUUGUUGACCUUAUGGUAGAGAAGAAGAAAGUCAAAUUUGGGAUGUAUGUCACAUCGUCAGAGAAAGUUGACAAGGAAAAUCGCUACAGUGACUUCAGCAUUUUGUCGUUACCAUAUCCAGGUUGUGAAUUUUUUAAAGAAUUCAGAGACUUAGGUUACAGUGGAGAAGGUCUGCAUUUCAACUGGAGUCAGGCUUUUGUUGACGCACAGUUGGUGAUUCCGGAGAGGACACUGUCAGCAAGAGUAGCGCCAGACUGGAAUAAUUAUCGGAAAUGGGACUUGGUGCGAUUAAGUCAGAAUUAUUUGAAGCUGCUGCUGACAUACUGCCAUGAAGGGACACAAGGACUCUUGAUCCACUGCAUCUCUGGAUGGGAUCGCACACCUCUCUUCAUCUCCCUUCUCAGGCUCUCCCUCUGGGCUGAUGGACUCAUACAUUCUUCUCUCGAUCAUGCACAGAUACUCUAUCUUACCAUCGCAUACGACUGGAUGGCUUUUGGACACGACCUUCAGGACCGACUCAGUAAAGGAGAGGAAAUUUUCUUCUUUUGUUUCUACUUCCUAAAAUUUAUCACGUCUGACGACUUUUCGGUUGGGAGAAAGCGUCACCUCUCAAGUGACAGUACGAGUUCUGACCGGAUGGAAUGUGUUCUGCUGGAUGCAGAUGGGCUGAGUUCUGCAGGAUCUUCUAACUCUUUAAACUCAUCUUGUUCAUCUAAUCGUUCUUCACAUCAUGCACCACCUGUAUAUUUUAAAGCUGGGAAAACUGGAGAAAGUUAUGACAGUUACAGUGCACAUUUGACGUGGCCAUAUGGUAGCUUUACUGGAGACCUGGACUUUGAUGACAUGUCACCCAACUUAAGUCGUGCUUCUUCGACCUCUUCCACUACCAAUAGAGGUGGUUUUGGGAGGUCAUCUUUCAGGGAGACUGAUGUAACAGGAGCUACUAAUGAAGGGAAAUUAUCAGUGCGUCAAGGGAACCCAAUGGGGGGGGUCUCACGGACUUCAAGUGGGUCACUUAAGAAUGGUAGUUCAAAUUCGUCUCUGUCAGAUAGUAGUAAACCUUUUGUGUGCCCAAGAGUUCGUAAUGGCCACAGUGACUCUAGUGGGGAAAGUGCAGGGGGAUCAGGAUCAGACCAAGGUUCGUGGGGUAAUGGUCGUCAGGAACCGCCCCAUGCCUCAACCAGUCCCAUGGCAGUUCCAGUACCGCGCCGACCUGCCCCAAGACCAAGGCAAGAGUCUGUUAGUUCUGUUGGAAGUUGGCAGAUAAUCUCUGGAACUGGAAGUCUUCGAGGAUCCUUAGGGUCUGUCAACAACCCUGGCUCAGCAAGCUCCAGAAGCUCCCGAACAUCUGUGCCAGCAGACUUGCAGGAUUCAGCCACUACUAUAAAGGAGGAAGGCAGUUUGGAGUCAGAACAAAGUAUUAUAGUAUUUGAUCGAGCUGAGAGGCUAGCUAAGGUGCGGUCCCUGUUCUACAGUAUCUACGUCACUUCCAUAGGAUUAAACUUUUCUAAUGGACGUAAUGAGUCCGGUUUGGGAAACCUAGUCUCUAACUUUGCUCAAAAGGUUGGCAUCCGGCCCAUGGCCUCGCGAAACACAUAGUAACAGGGCAGGUUGUUGCAGGCCUUACAUGUCUUUUCAAAGCAUUUUUUUUUUUCUUUCUCCAUCUUUUCCUUGUUUUUCCUUUUUCUUUCUAUCUUUGUCUAUUCUUCUUUUCUUAAUGGUUGAUUUUUCUCUGUCUAGCAGACACAAAUAUGAGAAUAGAGUAUACUAUUGUUUGUAAAAUAGUUUCAUCUGAGAUUGUAAAAAUUAAAUGUGAUAAUAUAUAUGGGUCUAUAACAUCCAUUGAAAUUUGUAUCUAUACCCAAAGGAAUGUAUGACAGAAGUUAUUUGUGUACUUGUUAUUAUAAGCCUUUUUAUGUAAAGAAACUUUUUGUAAAGCAUGUUUAUGACCUCUUAUAGUUAUUUGAUACUGUUCUAGACUUCCAAGUAUUUUGAAGCAAUUGGGUAAUUCAGGGAUUCAUCACUGUCUGUAGAUUCUUAAGAGAGGAUGUUAAAGCAGUUAAUAAAAGUCAUAGCCUGCAAGGAUGGCAGUUCUUGCUUGUAGUUACUUUACAUUAAAGAAAGACCUCUUGUUCCUUUGUGAUAAAGCACAUGGUUAACUGUUUCAUUUGCACAUUAUGUCUUAUGAUUUGAUUAAGAUAGUCAUGGAUGAUUGACCACUAUCCAGAGUAGUAGGAAGAAGAAACAAGUGAAACAAAGUUAACAAAAUUGAAAUGCCUAAAAUACUGACAUUCACCUAUGUUGUACAUGAUGACUACUCUUUUGCAGUUCAUGUAAUUCAGACUGUCAUCAGGAAUGUGUGAUAGUGAAUAAUAUACAGUUACUUUUUAUUUUAAUUGCUUAUCCUUGCAUAACUUUAUUUUAUAUAAUUAUAUAUAAUGUUUUAUUUACAGCCCUUUUUUCUCUUGUGUUUCUUUUUUGCCAUAUUUUUGGCUUUUCCUGUAGCUGUCUGAAUCAGUUGAUAAUUCAUCAUCAGCCCUUGAGAUGUAUUUCAGGCUACAGUUAUAUUUUUGUCAUGCUGAUUAUCACCUGACUGUAGUCCUUGAGCUGAUAUUAUCUAAAAAUGUAUUGUAUAUUGAUCAGGGUUGGCCAGUGUGAUCCUAUUUUUUUAAAAGAUAUUUAUUUGGUUCAGAAUUUUAUUAUAUUUUACUUAAAUAAGAAGCUGUAAGAAAGCAUUUCAUUUAAUCAUGAUAUUCAUGGUUUGAUAAAUAGUAAUACAUAAUGAUAGUUUUGUGUUGAGAGAAUGAAUCAAGUGGGACUUGCCGGCCACAUAAUUGUAUGGAAGAAGAAAUUGUCCUUGACCAAACACCUACUACAAUAAUGCUGUAUAAGCAUCACUGUACACAGGUGGUUAAGAGUCAGUCAGUCAGACAGUCAAACAAUGUUUUCAUCUUUUUAAUAUAGGCAAAAUUUGGAUGUAAUAUAAUGCAUUACCAUAUGUAGGGUCCUAUGAAGCCUUGAUAUUACAAGAAAUUGACUUAUAGAUGAUUUAUGAUUUAGAUAAUUGACAGUGCACACUCCUCAAGAAUAUGAGGUAUACUGGUUCUCAAACUUCUCUAGUCAGUCUUUGUAUAUAAAAGCUUAAAGAAAAACUGCUUUCCAGCCUUUUAGAAUUACGAAAUAUCAAAUGUAGAAAUUGCUUUCCUGGCUAAUAUUUGAAUGGUGUCAAUUAUUAACACUCAUUUAAAAAGAAACAAACGAAAUGUGGUGAUAUGGAUAUGACUUAAGUAGAUUUUAUUAAAGAAUGUAAUUUGAUUUUUGCCAACCCUGAUUAGAAGAAUAUAUACAAGUUAGAACAUUCAAGAAAUGCCUGAAUUUUAUGGAAAAGUGGAAUAACCAUAUAAUUUCAGUUUUUGAGAAGCUGUGAAAGAUAAAGUUUUGUUGAUCAUGCUAAAAUACUUCAUAACUGUAGCCUACAUUUUCUUCAUGGAAUGGACAUGUGUCUUUAUAAAUUGUCUUUUUUUUGUCAAAUUAUUUUUAUCCUUAUUAAUUUAAAUAAGAGGCAGAGGAUGAUGUUUUCAGUGACUGUAAAUGUUUCUUCACUGUAAUAUUGAUACCAUUAUCAGAUAACUAUUUAGCAAGUGGAGUUAUUUUUAUGAUCUAUAUAUGAACUGCAAAAGAAAUUAUUACAAUUUCAUUUUGCAAACCAGAUGAAAUUAGAGCAGUAUUUCAGUGAUAUUCAGCAUGUGAUUACUCUUAAUAACAGUUACCAAAGUACAUUAACGUGUGAUCAAUAAAAUUCAUGUAGUUAAGUUAUAAAAAUAUCCUUGAAAGGGAAAGUUGACUUGUGCAGUACAAAUGAUUCCAAAAUUAGAUCUAUUUUGUGAUUAAAUAAGUCACAUUGUAUACAAAUAUUUAUAUGAAGCACUCCAAUCAUCUUUUCUAAUACUGUUCUUUGUGAGUAGCCAUGAGGCUUGAAUUUCACUCUUUUUCAUCUGUGAAGUGAAGUUCCCAGUGUACACAAGCUUUGGUUUGAAGAAACUCCCAAAUAAUAUGUGUGAUUGAUAUUGUGUUGUGUAGUGUUGCACUUGAAUUUUAGAAAGGACAAAGCUCCCUUAAAAAAAGACCCAUUUAAGUCUUAAAGUCUCUUCUGUCUUUAGGGAUUUGUGCUGUCAUUCCAGAACUAAUUUUGUUAAUAUAUCUGGCUUUUAUCCUUUGACAGUGGACUUAACAAGUGUCCUAAAAAGUCAUCUAAUAUUAAGGAUUUGUUUGUUACUUAAUUUUGCCCUGUAUUUGUUUUUUAUUUACAUUAUUGUUUUUUUUCUGUAUUAUCAUUAUUUUAUCAUCACUUUCACUAUAUUGUUAUGAAGAAAGGUGUCAAACAGUUGUUACUGAUGUGAAUCCAAUUUAAUUAAGGAAAUUUAUUGGAUGUUAUAAGAGAUUCUUUCCAUAAUUUGGCUCAGGUAUGAACUGAUUCCUUCAAAACUGUAAUUGUGUGACAGAAUAGCAAAUGAAGAAUGCAUUUAUCCUUAUUGCUCUUUUUAUUUGAAAGAUGUCACAAAACUAUAAAUAAAGGGGAAUAAUGUU